UUUACAAAAACAUUAAUCAAUUAAUCAAAAACGAAAAAUCGAAAAACUUCUACUAAAUCAUUUACUAAGCUGAAUUUUGUCGAGUUACAACAUAAAAUCAAAUAACUUCCCAAAGUCUAAUCAGAUUGUUAAAUUAGCCCAGACAUUUUUGAAAAUUUAUUUUAUACAAAGAAUAUUUACGUUGAGUUUAAAGAAAAGAAGUAGGCAAUUGGACUAAUUUAAUAUCAUCUAUACAUAUUAACUGAUCUGAUUUAAAAAGUAAAGUUAAGGCAUCAGAAUGCGUCAAAAAGAUCUACGCCCAGCACCUGCUCUUAUUGAGUAUAAGGGCAUGAAGUUCCUAAUCACCGAUCGACCAUCAGACAUAACAAUUAAUCACUACAUUAUGAGCUUAAAAAAGAACAAUGUUAACACUGUGGUGCGUGUUUGCGAGCCCAGCUACAACACGGAUGAGCUGGAAGCCCAAGGCAUUACUGUCAAGGAUCUAGCUUUUGAUGAUGGCACGUUCCCGCCACAACAGGUCGUUGAUGAGUGGUUCGAGGUCCUGAAGGAUAAAUACCAACAGAAUCCCGAGGCAUGCGUUGCCGUUCAUUGCGUCGCUGGUCUGGGACGUGCCCCUGUUUUGGUUGCACUGGCACUAAUCGAAUUGGGCUUGAAAUAUGAAGCGGCUGUUGAAAUGAUUAGAGAUAAACGACGCGGCGCUAUUAAUGCCAAGCAGCUGUCAUUUUUGGAGAAAUACAAGCCCAAAGCGCGGCUAAAGCACAAAAAUGGCCACAAAAAUUCAUGUUCUGUGCAAUAGAUUUCCAAAACCAUAUGUAUAUUCCCACCAGAUAAAAAGUGUUCAUUUUUUCAAACAAAAAAAAAAACCACAAAAAAACAUGAAAUAAUUUAUCGAAAUAAAAAAAAAACUAAAUCUAUUCAAACACCCACAAAAAAUAUAUAAAAAUUGCGACCCAGUUAUUAGAUAAAACUAAAGAUAAACCCAUAAUCGUAUUGGUAUCAAAUUGUAUGUAUUAAUUAAUGUAAUUUAUGUUUAUUUAAUUUUUCAAAACAAAAUAGCUCCAAAAAAAUAUGUAACAAUUCUAAUAUUAUUUCAAGCCAAUUUACUUCCAUUAAAUGGAUGUAAUCGGGAGUAUAUAUACAUACAUAUAUAUAAAUAACAGUAAAAGCAGUAGAUUAUGAUGUACCCAAACGUAACGAAAUCAAUUGAACAUACUGUCAAGGGUCAGGCAACACAGCAAUAAAUAUAGAAAAGAUCAAGAAAAGCUAAACAAUAAUUCACCAUGUUAGCAAUACAAGUUAUAGGAAGCCUAAAAAUGAUUCACUAUAAACCACAAAAAUUAAAAAUAUAUGACCCUAGUGGAAGGAUGCAAUCUGUUUAUAUGAACUAAAUACUGCAUUUCAAUGAUGAUAGUAUAUAACUUUUAGACAAAUGUACUUAAUUGCAUGUUUAGUUUAGCGUUGCGCCCAUCCGAAAACUAGCUCAUUGUAUAGUGAGAACAUAUAU